AAAGUCUCCAACAUCCGUUCUGUGAUCGUCAGUUAACGCCGAAAAUGAAUGAAAUCUCUCGCUCGGCUGAUCCCACGUCUGCUGGUGCCAACGAUGACGAUGACGAGGCCCUGGUGGAGAUGACGGAUUUCUACGAUCCCAUAGCUGCUCUGCUAUCCAGUAUUGGCGGCGAGGCUGAAAACCUUACCGAGGAGCUGAGGAAAUAUGGUAUCAAAUAUGAACAUCUAUCUGGGCUGUGUGACGAGGAUCUGGCUUUGAUGGGCAUGAAGAACAAAAAGAUUAGAAAUGAAGUACUGUCUGAAAUUUCAUCGCUUCCGAAUCAAAUGGACCAUUAUGAUAUUGCAAUGAAAUCAUUGAAUGUCAAAACGUACGUUCGGAAUGUCCUGCAAAAUGUGGCAGCUCAAGUGGACAAUCUAAAUGCAAUGCUAUUGCUUACCAAGCUAAGGAUUUCUGCUCAACAUGUGGAGAACGUACAAGUAGCCGAAAACAAAUAUGCUUCGCAGGUUGCGGUGAGUGUUUGCCAAAAACUUUACACUAAAACAGCUGAGCUAGAAGACUUGGUAGAUCAAUUAAAACAGGGAGAACCGACUAAGGAUAAUGCUCUAGAAUUAAGCAAACGUAGUAGUCGGAGGAGUUUUUUAAAAAAAACGAUCAUAGCAACCCUUGUUCUCGGAGCCACCAUUCAGGGAAUGAAAUAUUUUCGAGUUUUUUCUAGAUAA